UGUGUGUAAACGUACCUUUAACCUCACCCCGUUUUAUCGAUAUAAAGUUUUAUUGCUAUCUCAAAAUAAUCAAAGAAUUUAUGAAACAUGUUCUGCUUUACUCAACAGCACAGAAAGUUCUGUUCACGUUUUUCUUUCAGAUUUUUAAUGUUACGCAAAAAACCAACUCGACGAAAAGCGGGAUGCGCAAUGAUCAUUUUGCUUUCCUUGUUCAUCUGUCUCCUUCCCAAAAUUGUUCCUUCGAUUGAUGAAAAAUCAGACAGUUCUAGUAACGGAGCUAGUGGAAUUGCUGGAGUUUUGUGGCCUUUAUGUUUGAUGAUAGAGAGUGUGCCGUUUGCGUCAUUUAAUGUUUACACAGAGAAAAUUUUGAAAAAUAACGAACAGUCGAGCAAAGAUCAAGUUGGAAUAUUAUGCUACAUGUUCUGGUUAAAUGUUUACCAAAUGUUAUUAGUCUUCUGCUUUUUCUGGGUUGAUAUCGUUCCUGGUUUUGGCUACACACACAAUAUUGAACAAUUUCUGGAAAAUUUUACAUUUGGAUUUCGAUGUUUCUUUGGUGGAGCAGGAUGUGAUGAAACUUCUGGAUUGCGUGGCACAAUGUACAUUUUGAUGAGUUUGUUGACUUUCGUGGCUGGUGCAGGCUUAAUUAAAUAUUCGGAAGGCGCAACUUUGGCUGCUAUUAUAUCAGUGCGUAUUAUUUUGGCUUUUUAUUUUGGACAAUAUUUCGUGAAUCCCCAUUUGGUAUUCAUCCUCGUGUCACCAUAACAACGUGGUUUAGUAUAGCUGGUCUGGUAAUUAUGGUUCCCGCGAUAUUUUUGUACAACAGCGGAGCCGAAAACGUUGCGAUGGAAAAAAUCAUCAAUGCAGACGAAGAAACUGAACUUCUUUCCAACACCAGUACGGUCAGGACUUAAUAAGAAGACAACAUGUCUAUAUUAACCGAAUAUCAGAAUAAUUAUUUCAAAGAACAUUCGUUAGUUAAGGGUCUAUGAGUCACAUGCAGUAGAUAGGAUGUAAAACGUGUAUAUAUCAUGAAUAAUAAAUGUGAAGGGUCAAAACAAUUAAAUGCUCAAAAACAA